UUUACUUAACAUAUAUGAUAUAGAUAUAUAACUUUAUAUUUUUUCAUAUUUAAUUAUAUAUUUUCGCAGGUUAACCAGCAGUUAUGUUGUAUAGAUCAUUGAAAUUUAUAUCAAAUGGUUGCAAAUUUAGUUAUUGUUUUGAUACUUCUAUCAGUUUACUAUGCUUACAGAAAUCAUAACAGAGAGUUUACGGCGACCGCGUCAGCUAUCCAACAAAUCUGGUCCGGCACGUGUAGACUGUCAUGUCGUCAGAGUGAGUACAGUGGGUUCAGUGGAUUGAGUGGCCUAGUCACGGGCCAGAACACCGAGUCGACUACCCUGCACAAUGGCUCGAGUACUGUUUGCGUGUGCGAAUCCUGUCCGUGCGAACUCGUUGAAAAUGUUCUUAGGACCUGUAGUCCGGCCACGAAUAUUUACACUCAAACGAUUGAAUUUAUGUCGGAUUGUUAUUAUGAUUUGGUCAAAACGUUGAUUGACUUCUUCAAUUAUGUAGACCAAGUGAUGCGCUGCAACGUUACUUGCCAGAGACAACCUCAGCUGUUGCCAGUUAGCCGAUAUAAUUCAACAGGCAAUAUAAGCUUUGUUCCAACAAAAGAGGAAAAUGAGAUAGAGAAAAUUGUCAAGAACGCGCCAAAGCCUACGACGAUCACAUUUCCGAAGAAGUCCGAAAGAAUAGAUAAUAAGUACGAAGCGGCCAGUUCCAGGACAUCCGAAAGUACAGCACUAAGUCUAGUAUUUUCUGACACAAAUAUACCCGCGAAAAGUUCGACGGAAUCCGAACAAAUUCAAAGUAAUUGUUCCAGAUGUAUUGAAAAGGGUAAAACUUGUUUGGGUACGUGUCCACGCCAGAAAAAGAAUUAAAAAUGUAAAGGGUUAAAUACAUUAUUUUUAUUUAA